AUGAAAAUUUUUCAAACGACACGAAAAAUCUAUGAACAUUUGGGCGUAUAUCAGCCUCAAGCAUUUGAAAAUCAUUCGAUAAGUAGCAAUUUUUGGGCCGCUUCACUUGUAUUAUUAAUAGCAGUUAUAUCGACAUUAAUGUGCAUUCUAACCGAAGCAAGAACCAUGCAAGAAUAUUCGGAUUGCUUUUAUGGAUUGGUUACAGCGAUAGCGAACCUGUUAUUCUUAAUUAUAAUAUUUUGGAAGGCAUCUAACAUGUUUAAGCUGAUUGAGGAAUUUGAAGCAGUAAUAGAAAAAAGAAUAGAGAACACGGUGUCUCAGGCAAUUUACGAGGAGGCAAAUGAAAAGGCCGAAAAAUGGACAAAAUUAAUUGAGUUUUUAAUGAUGAAAUUGACUCUUUUUGGCAUUACUACCCCGUUUCUCGUCCUAUGUUACUAUCUCUACUUUGCAACUGAUUUAGAAAAUGAAUCAUUUCGCUUACCGUUUCUUAUGUGGCACCCAUUCGACUGGAAAGAUCCCAUCAACUAUUUGGUAGCUUUUACAGUAGAUGUUAUGUGUAUCUAUUGCGUUUUACUCGCUACUGCAAGUAUCCUAAUUUAUGCGACCACUUCAUGCUGUAUGAUACUUGCCUUCGUAAAUGAUCUCAAACAAGAAGUGAACACUCUAAAUGCAAUUGGCAAGGAUGGAAGGAAUCAGACAGAACUUAAGGGCAAACUCUCAGAAUUCGUUGAAUUUCAUGUGACUGUGAAAGAAUUUGCCUUCAAGUAUGCGGAUGCUUAUGAGUUCAUUUUCUUGAUCUACUUUUUGUGGAGUAGUGUAACAAUUUGCAGCACUCUUUUAAUAGCUGAAUUUGAAUUGGUGGGUUUUAUUACGUUUAAUAAUGUUAUUUUUAAGAUUUAA